CAGCACUUGAAAGAUGUGGCAACUUUGCAUUUUUUGUGGUUUGUUUUGAUUUCAUCUUUGUUUUGCAAUCGCUGCAUUUACUUCUUGUGAAAAAAUUGUGAGCAAUAAUAAUUUAUACAAUUUCGUUCCAAAUAAAUAAAAAUGGAUCAAGCAGCCAUAAUUUCAUCAGCUGAGGAGCAGUUGAAACAUUUUGGUACAUUCCUUGACUUGCAUGAUAAGAAAUUGCAACAGCUAACACAAAAAACUACACAAGUGCCAACAGCUAGCGCGCCACCCACACUUAACAAUGUGACCACACCUCUUGUAGAAGUCAAUUAUUCAGCUAAUCAGGAACAACUGCUUUUGCUACGUUUACUCGAAUCUGAUCGUUUGCUAAACAAAACGCUACUUACAUUCGCUCAUCUAUGCGCCGAGGUGGAUGCCUUAGCACGCAGAGCACAGCAAAUGCAAAUCAAAUUUCUUUAUAUUGAUGAAAAUUUAUGUGCGCUCUUAGCAGAUGAGCAUGGCAAUGGUGGUACGGAUGCGACAAGACAAACCAAUGAAAUUUUACUACAAAUGAGUGAAUCCAUGCAAUUCGUUUGUGAUAUACAAUUCCUAUUGCAGCGUUGCAUUGUGUUGGGCAACAAUUUGCUGCACCAAUGUGGUGCCUACUGUGCUUUGGAAGAUAACAAAAAUUUGGAGUUUCGCUUUGCGGAUGUUUUUGAUUGCCUUGCAGAUUUGCUAUUGCAAAUUCUGAUUUUCAAUGAAAUUUUGGCCUGCUCCAAUUUCUGCCGUUUCUGGCAGACUUACAAGAAAACCGUCGAUGCAUUAGCACAAAAUGGACAGCACGCGGAAUUCUGCACAACCAGCGAACUAAUUGGUUUAAGAAAUUGCUUGGAGGAGUUCGAUUUUCUCUUCUCGGGCACGAUAUUUCAAAGUUUCCUCGAUAGCACAUUUGCGCUAAAGGAUAAAAUUGGACCAAAGGGUAUUGGCCAGCUCACAAACCAAUGCAAUGAGUACAUGAAACAGUGUUUGAACGCCAUAAAUAAGUGCGAUGUGAAUGAGUUCAGUGAACACAAACUACUGGUGCGUUUGAAUGCAUUUUGUGUAGUUUUCCAUGAUUUCUGCGGGCAAGUCGAGACCAAACAUGUAAAACAACUGUUAGAGCUCAAUCAAAAGCAUCAAGGUAUUAUACUAAUAGGCAAUGUGGCAUGGCAGCCUACACCCUUUCUGCGACGGCAUGCCACCUCAUUGGUGAAACCACAUGAACGGCUUUUGGGCGAUGCCAAACGUUUGCACCAACAUUAUUUGCAAACACGCGUGCAAACGCUACCGCGUGAUUGCCGCCAAUACUGUGCCCAAGUGUUACUUUGGACGCUAAACGUGCGCAAAGCAUUGAGUAUCGGGCCAUUCGAACUCACUGUGCAACAAUUUAAAGAACUUUCAGCUUUACUCUUGCUUGGCCUGCGCUUUGCAGCACAAAUAAGUUGCUUGAUCAAAGGUUUGGUUAAUGCACACGUCACUUUACAGUCACCAAUGACGAAAACAACACUGCAAAGCAUUUGCAAACUGAUUGAAUUGCUGAAAUAUAUACAACAAGUAUUCGUGGACUACAUGGAUAUCAUUGCCAAAGUGAUGCAAUGUGUGCUGCAAUACUUGCAGUAUAAAGUAUUGCAUCUGCUGAAUCUGUGUAAGAAACGCAUUACGGUUGCCAAAAUGCAUGAUCGUAAUGUCGACGCUUUAGCGGCGCUACGCAUUGCGGAGAAGUGCAUGACGGGCCCACCAACGAAAACGCGCACCCUACUCACCAAACUGGCGGUGAAUGCCACAAAUCUCAACAAUCGUACAUUACCGCCAGAUCAGUGGGAGCGCUUUCAAUUGCUUAUGUCACGCAUAACAAUACUAGCUGGUUUUCAGUCUAACAUGCAUGAACUGUGCGACACAACAUUCAUCUAUUGGCAUCAAUCAGUGCUGUCGGCGUAUUUGAAGCAGGUCGUCGAGCGAAAAUUAGACUUUAAUUCGUUUCAGCAUAUUUUACAUGCUUUCAACGAUUGUGGCAAGACUUUCGAGAAUUUGAACUUAAAGGAGCUUAAACUAUCAAAGUGUUUAGCGCGUGCCACUUAUGAUAAUUUACGCAGCGAAAUUGUGAGCAAACUGUGUGCACAAAUCGAAACGUUUUUGCGUUUGGAAGUACAUUCCAAUUUGCAGUUGGAGAAAAUGUGCCCAUUUGAGCAUGGUAUUGAUGAUUAUCGCGACUUGAUUAAUGCCUGUCCGAUAGAAUUGAAUGGUAGUUAUGUGAUUUUAAAAGAUCAUGUCGAGAAUUAUUUAAGCGCCAUGUUUUACAAUCUAACCACUAUAUCGCUGCAUGACUGGAAGACCUACGAGGAGAUGCGUCAUUUGGCCAACACGCGCUUAAUGUUGAAGCCUGUAGAGGAUUAUUUGCCCAAUCAGACUUUGGAACAGGGCAUCGACAUUUUAGAGAUAAUGCGUAAAAUCCAUAUAUUCGUCUCGAAAUAUGUUUACAACAUGAAUACGCAAAUAUUCGUUGAACAACGUAGCGCCAAUAAGCAUUUAGAUUCGAUUGGCAUACGGCACGUAGCCAAUUCGUUACGCACACACGGCACGGGUGUCAUAAAUACCACCGUUAAUUUUACAUAUCAAUUUUUGCGUCAAAAAUUCUAUACUUUCUCACAAUUCCUCUACGAUGAACAAAUCAAGUCGCGGCUGAUGAAAGAGCUACGCGCUUACGCGGAACGGAAACAAGCAAAAAGUUAUCCUGUUUACGCUUACGAACGCGCGGACGCUUUCAAUAAGGAUAUACGCAAACUGGGACUCGCCAAUGAUGAUCAGACAUAUAUGGAUCUUUUCCGUAAAGUGAUAACGCAUGUUGGCAACGCUAUGGGUUACAUACGCUUGGUACGCUCUGGUAGCAUACAUGCCAACUACAGCGCCAGCCUCUAUUUACCCAAAUUUGAUGAGAAUUUGCAAUUUGCCAAUGCUUGUCGUGAGCAAGAACUAGAUGAGGUCACCAUAAAGGCGGCUGAGAAUUUCGAAGUGAAUAUUAGUAAUUUGGUGAAGAGCUUCUCGGAUAGAACCGAUUACUUUAAAUUACUCGUUGAGGCAUUCCAACCAUUCUUUCGCAAUCCACACAAUCUGCAUUUGAAAAACUUCUUUCUCAUUGUGCCGGCACUCACGCUCAAUUAUAUCGAGCAUAUGUUGCGCGUUAAAGAGAAGAUCAAUAAAAAGGAUCGUCAGGAGGCAGUGCUGUUCGACGAUGGUUUCGCUGUUGGCUUAGCAUACAUAUUGAAGCUACUGAAUCAAAUGGAUGAUUUUCAGGGUUUGCAUUGGUUUGCAACGGUGCGUGAACGCUUCAAUGCGGAACGUCUGAAAAUACAGCAAAUGUUGCAGGAUAUAAAAAAGUCGGCUGGCACAAAAGGCAACUCCAAAGCGGCGCAGGCAAUGCAAAAUGACGAAACGGAGAAGCUGCAACAAACGCUGGCGUUGACGGAACGCCGCAUAAAUGCACAUCAAAUGGAGUACAAUUUGCUCUAUUGCAAUUUGUGCAGUGCGAAGAUAUUUUUCCAAUAACUAAAGUGAUACGAGUAUUCAUAAUAUAUUGUAAGUGAUUUUUUUAUUUUAUUUUAAUGCAUACACAUAAUAUAUUUUUACAUUAUAUAUAUAUAUAUAGUUGUUACCAUAAAAAAUUAUAGCAUAAUCAUAAUACACAUUUUUAUGAAUAAAAAUAAUAAAAGAAUU